AUGGUGCCGUCGCAGCCGCUGCCGGACCACCUGCAGGAUACGCUCAGGUUCUCUCCCCGGCCUGUUCCUAGACUCGAAGAGGAGGAAGAAGAAGAAGAAGAUGAUGAUGAGAAGAAGUGGGAUAGAACAUUACGCCCUGUAGCUUCAGAAUCGCCGGUCGCCCAUCGAUUUGCGCACUCACGAGAAUCGUCCGCCGAAAAGAUCCCCCAGACGCACCCGCCCUUGACAUCCCCACGACUUCAUUCGAGGAGCCCCCUUGGCGGCGUUGUAGAGCGCAUUAUCGACCCGAAGAGCGCCGCGUACGGUCAUCAUCGUCAAACUUCGAUUGUCCACGGCAUUCAACACUCGAGAAAUGGCAGCUUGGCCAGCACCAGCUCCAGUCCCCUCAGCCCGCAGAUGAUAGCAGCCGCUGGCGUCGGCCUUGAUCGUUCAGACAUGCAAUCAGUGGCCACCCGUAUCGAUGGCGACGCCAGUUAUCCUUCUCGGCCACCUACAUCUCUCUCCGGAAAUGUUGCACCUAUGGACCGUCCUAAUGCUUCUGAUGCUGCAUAUGGCAUGACCCAGCGAAAGCUCGAACGAAUGCAUAGUAAAUCUCGGCGGGACCAUACCCCCCAUCAUUCUCACUCUUCACGUCAUAAGGAUGAGCAAAAGACGGUUGGCGAAUAUGCGCUUCAUGUCUUAUUCACCUCAUUUAUUGCACAGGCGGAGGAGAAGUUGACAGAAUGCGUCACGGUUCCGUUCGAUCCCGAACCCAAUGUUGAACAAAUAUGCGGACCCGGUGUUGACCCAUCGUUCGAUCAGUUGAUAGUUGCCCUGGGCCAUAUCGCUAGCCCGAAACCGAAAGCCUUGAUAGACUCGAUGAUGCUCUGGAGAAAAAGUAAAAGUGAUGCUGCCAACGAAGCUCGCAGUCAUCUUCAGCAAUCUCGGAAUGCCGCUGGGGGGGCACCUCUUGUUCGAAGAAAUACAGAACCAGUACAAGCUGCGAUGCCCGGCCAAGGAGGUACUGAUUCUGUUUUCCCAAAUGGUCCGCCAACACUCGCAGCAAGGCAAGAGUUUGUAGCACAAGCUGAACGUCGGUCGACCGUAUCUAUAUACAUUCUUUGUCGCGUUCUCCUCGAAGUCAUCAGUCAGAGUAACUUGCCGUCUAUCACCGCUGAAAUGGAGGAUAAGCUGGAAAGUAUUAUAUUCGGACAACUCAAGAUCGCCGAUACUGAGCAGUUGAUGGUUUCGCCUCUGAAACUUGCCAAUUGGAACCUUUUUGCUCAAUUGCUGGGACACAUGAGUGGCAUCAACUUUGGUGGGGUUACCAGGAGGUUCAUUGAAGACCUGGACAGCUCUCUCCAAGAACGUGUGGUCAAAAGCCCAACCUCCUCUUCCGGUCGAGAUGCAGAGGGAAAGGUAGAGCUUGUUUUGGGGGGCAUGAAGCACCUUAAGCUCAAGAUCUCACCCGAAGAGUCCUGGGAACAAUCCUGCGAUUUUCUCAUCUCAGUUGGCCGUUUGUUCCAGAAAUCUCACGGCCAAAAAGUCAAGACAGCCUUCUGCCAAGUGAUAGAGAUGCUUCUUCUUCCAAUCGCCGCCAAGGCAAGCAACAGCCAUUUCAUGCAUCCAAAAUGGGCGGAAGUACUCGCUGCUGUCGGACCUCGCCUUGCACAAAUGUUUAUGAAGCCGAGGCAUUGGAACUUCGCAUUCCCUCUUACUGCGACUUUGCUUUGUGUAUCCUCUCCGGACAAUUUUGGAUCACAAUGGCUGCAGUUGAUAUUGCCUUUACAAACUAAAGUCAAGGAUCGAAUGACUAAACCCCUUUGUCUUCAGGUCAUCUCUCGCUUGUUAUGGACAUUUCUGUAUCGAACUAAUGAGACCUUCCAAAAUAGCCUCCGCAAAAUCGACGAGGUCAUGAAACUUGUUUUGCCAUCUUCCAAGCGAAGUUUAGUUGCAUCGGAUACUCCGUGCACCGAACCUCUGAUCCAGAUCAUUCGGAUCGUUGGCUUCAAAUAUCCUGAAUAUUGCUUUAGGAAUGUUGUGUUUCCUCUUAUCAAUGCUGAACUUUUUACUUCCAACAAAGAGUUGAAAGUUGAGCAACUGGACCCUGACCGGGUUGUUGUUGGCAUCAGGGCUUUCCUAUACAUAAUGUCGGAUUUGGAGAAGGGUGAACAAGGGCGACCCCCGUUCCCCCAAUUCUUUGAAAGUCCAAACUCGAGUUCGACUCCCGAUCGGUUUCCUGUCUCCCCUGCUGUGUCUUCGGCCCGCAACUCUCCGCUAUCACAACCAGAUGCGCAUUCGAAGGAGGAGUACAUCACUCGCCCGGUUCUAACCCACGUAUUGAGUGACGGAGUCCGAGACUUCUAUCUCAAGUUCUGUGAAAUCCUUGGGAAAAUCACGAUUAUUUGUGACAAUACCUUUGGUGGACAAGCGGCCUUGGAUGAGAAGUUCAAUAGCCCUUUGCCAAAAACCCCUAUAACUGAGACCUUUACCUUCUCUCGCAAAGACGACCAUCAGAGUGCCGCGGAUCAAAAACAAGCGUUUUAUGAACUCUUACAUGUUGCUGUUCAGGCGUUACCCCGCUGUCUUUCUGUUGACAUACCUUUCAACUCUCUGAUCAAUUUGCUCUGUACGGGAACAGCCCACGUGCAGUAUAACAUCGCAGAGUCAUCUGCCAAUUCUUUGAAAGCCAUUGCCAGACAAUCACAUGCUCAACAAGUCACUAUGGGAUUCGCUCGUUUCAUCUUCAACUUUGAUGAUCGAUACUCAACAAUGUCUGAUGGCGGAAUGCUUGGCCACAGUCAUAUCGAGAACACUCUACGCUUAUACGUUGAACUGCUACAGAUAUGGAUCGAGGAAAUCAGACAAAAGACCCGCGAUGCUGCUACAGACCAACCUGAAGCUAAUGCCUCCGAUAAAAGAGCUAUCAAGCUUGAUCUAUCUAGUAUCUGGGCGGAGGUUGACCAAGCCGAGGCCCACGGAUUGUUUUUCCUCUGUUCGCAAUCACGACGAGUUCGUCACUUUGCAGUGACAGUUCUUCGUUUGAUUGUUGAAUUUGACAAGGCCCUCGGGAAAGAAGCUUCUGAGGAUAAGGAUUCCAUGAGACUGAUUGAUAUCCUUGAAAACGAGUCCAGUAAGGUCAUGGAUUUCAACGAUGAGCAGCUAUCUGUUGCUGAACGAAGCCGACUGCAACGGGGUCUACAAAACGCCAACAACCAAGGUGCUCUCGUUGAGCUUUGUGCCAGUGAUGUCUCUUAUGAUACCACUUUGUGGUUUAAAAUCUUCCCUAAGCUCAUUCGCAUGGCUUAUGAGAAAUGUCCGUUUACAGUUACUAUCUGUCGCGAUCUCAUUUGCAAUCGUAUUUUGCAGAUGUACAAGCCAAUCGUGUACCUCUCCGAGCCUUCAAGGGGCUUGUACUACAACAACGAGCCAGGAAGUGCUAGGCUAGGGGCCCGAUCUGCGACAACUCAUCCUGAGGUGAUGGUGGAGCAAUGGAAGCUGUAUCUAAUCUUUGCUUGCACAACACUGGCAGACCCAGGCGCUUUGCCAACGGCUCAGGAUCCUCAGCACGUCCGGAAGGCAUCCAAAGCGUCGUCCAAGGAUAAGAUUGUGACGGCUCGGAUGUUGUUCAAGUACCUCAUUCCCAUGCUGUCCGUCUCCUCCGCAUCUGUUCGGGACGCUGUUGUUGUUGCUAUGGGGUCCAUCAACAUUCAUAUUUAUCGGACUCUUCUUGAGGAGCUUCAGGGCCAAGUCUCUCGAUGCAACGAUGAGGCACGAGCUCGUAUACAUCAGAGGACAAACAGCAAUCCUAGGAGGAAUAGGAAGAUGGAUCUUCUCAGAACGGAAAUUACCCAUGUUUUCAAGUUGACGUCGCAUUUCCUUCGAGACCCCGAAGUUUACAACGGCGAGUUUUUCUUAACGACUCUCACCACAUACACAAAGGACCUGAAGCUAUUCCUGAUGGACGGAGAAGUCCAGAUGGAUUGGGAAUUUCAGAAGCUCCGACGCCAUUACUGUGGACUGAUGGAAGCAUUAUUUGAAGGAAUUAACAGAACCAAAGACCCGUCCCGAUGGAUGACUUUUGAAUCCCGAAAAUCGGCGUUCUCGCUGAUGGAGGACUGGUGCGGAUUCUCGCCGAAUCAGAACCAGAUCCGUGCUCGAGAGGACACCAUGCGGCAAUCGCUAAUUGACCAACAGACCUUGGGCGAGCGAGGCACUGCUACCGCUGCGAUGGAGAUAGAGAAGAGAAACCUUCGGACUGCAGCCCUCAGUGCAAUGGCUGCUUUAUGUGGCGGACCAAUUAGCGUCACAACUGAGAGUAACGUGGUGCUUCAGUUUGAUGUUCGACGCAUGCUUGCUUGGAUCGACUCUAUUUUCAACUCGGGAAGCGAUAAGAUGAACGUCAUUGGCAGAAGAGCCCUCCAGAACCUAAUCGUUCACAAUCAGGAGGUUCCUUACUUGAUGGAGCACUGCAUUGCACGUUGCUAUUUGGCCGAGGCCCCUAAAGUUCUCGAAAGCUACUUCACCGUGGUCACACAAGUUCUCCAGGAUCACAUUGACUAUCCUUGUCCGUUCUGGAAGCUCCUUGGUUUGUGUCUGUUCACAUUGGGCAAUGAUCAAAGCGAGAUCCGGUCCAAGUCUUCUACUGUCCUUCGGAGCUUGGAGGCACGUCAACAGAGAAACUCCAAGAUUCAAGACUUUGACAUCAGCAUCUCAGACAAAACGCAGGCCGUGUACAAACUAGCACAGUUCGAAAUUUCCAAACGCCUUGCCAAGCAACACACAGAACUGGCAUUCCACAUCUUCUCCGAAUUCACCCUUUAUUUCAAGGAUCUUCAACCUGCGGCUCAGCGAAAUGUUGUUGCAGUCAUGUUGCCCUGGAUUCAGUCCAUUGAGUUAAAGUUGGACCCUAGCGGUGGACCUGCGGCACAGUCAUUUGUAUUGCUUGCAAACCUGCUCGAGAUCACUAUCAAAUCCAGUGGCGCACUGCAUAAUGAGGUUCAAGCACUUUGGCAGGCUCUUGCAACUGGGCCUUACCCAGGAAACGUUCGAUUGGUUCUCGAAUUCAUCAUGCAGUUGUGUCUUGAGCGUCGGGAGCAGAAUUUCGUGGAGUAUGCUAAGCAAAUUGUCGUUUUUCUCUCAACAACAAACAGCACGCCUGGCAUCAAGGUUGUUGAAUUCCUUCUUAUGCAAAUAACCCCGAAGGCCAUGGUACCGAACGAGAAGCGAGAUGCUGUUGAGCCCCCAGCUGACAUUAAUCUUCUGCCCUACUGUGCUAACUUGGCAGAGGCUCUUCCAGUUGGAACCAAGCAAGCUGGGUUUUCUCUCGGCCAACUGUCAUUGAUCUUACUUGUGGAUUUAAUGGUAUCUCCAGUUCACCUGACCCACGAAAACGUCCCGCUUCUUCUUCAGGUCGUCACUGUCCUUUGGGAUCAUUACACUCCGUUGGUUCAGGAGCAGGCACGAGAGAUGCUCGUGCAUCUCAUCCAUGAGGUGGUCAUAUCGCAGAUAGACGAGCAGACUCAGGAUGUUGACAAGACAGCCAUCGAAGAUCUAAUCGACAUGAUUCGUCGGCACGAUCGCUCUGUGGUCUGGGGAUACGAGGAUAGCAACGGCAAGGUUGACGAUCACGAUAGCAAAGUGCCACCAAGCAUGGAAUUCCUUACAACAGAGGUUAUCAAAACCUUUGAGACGACCUUUCCCGGAAUCAAAGAGCAUUGGGGACGCCUUUCGCUUACUUGGGCGACAUCAUGCCCAGUUCGACAUCUUGCUUGCCGCUCGUUCCAAAUCUUCAGAUGCGUUCUUACAUCUGUGGACCAGCCAAUGCUUGGAGACAUGCUUGCCCGAUUGUCCAAUACUAUUGCUGAUGAAGACCCUGAAAUCCAAUCCUUUUCCAUGGAAAUCUUGACAACUUUGAAGACCAUCAUUGUCAAGCUUGAUGCUGAAGAUCUUCUUAACUUCCCACAACUGUUUUGGACGACUUGUGCUUGUUUAGAGUCUAUCAACGAGCGGGAGUUUUUGGAAGCGGUUGAAAUGCUCAAUAAGUUCCUUUCAAAAUUGGAUUUGAGCUCACCAAAUGUGCGACGAAUACUUGCUGACGGCCAGCCGUCUCGCUGGGAGGGGAUAUUUGAAGGUAUCCAGCCUCUACUUCACAAGGGUUUGCGGUCGUCGCUUUGUUGGCAACCAACUCUCGACACAAUAGAUAAGUUGGUACACCUACCAAGCGACGGCUUAGUCGGCGACGAGUCCCGUCUGUUCUUCUCGCUACUGGCCAACUUCCCCCGUUUCUUGAACGAACUUGAGAGACCCACCUCGGACGAAAGCGUUAUCCAGACAACAAGACUUCUUCAGGAAGAAGCCGAUAAUCAAGGCUUGGCUGGUAUCGCUGAGGCUCUGGAAGAUUUCGCAAUGGGAAAUCCACAGGACAGCAGCAAAGAUUUCAUUGUUGAUCUAUGGGGAGCUUUACGAGAGUACUAUCUCCCGCAGAUGGAUUUCCAGAUGGUGACUUUCCUAACCGGGCUCCUCACAAACUCGUUGUCGUGGGUGAAGAUCCAGACCAUGAGGAUCCUUUGUGUCGCAAUUCCUGAAGUGGACAUGCGCAAGCCUGAGCUCGCUGGACAUGGAUCCGAUCUGAUUUCCCCACUUCUUCGGCUCCUACAGACAGAGUUCUGUAUGGAGGCGCUUGAGGUGUUGGACAACAUCAUGACUAUGUCUGGAAAUCAUAUGGACAAGCAUCAUUUGAGGAUGAGUAUGACACGGCCAACCUCGAGGGCAAUACGCAAGGAAUACGAGCGUACGCAGAGUUUGUUUGGAAUACCUGAGGCAUCAGGAUGGGCCAUUCCUAUGCCUGCGAAGAAGACAGAUGCUACGCGGGCCAAUAUCCAUGCCGCUUUCUAUACUUGUCAGGGCUCAGAAGGGAUGUUGACCGAAACUUCACCUACCCCCGAUGUCGAGUUUCAUGCCGACGACUUUCCAUACAACUACUUUGGCGCACCAGAACGAACCGAAACGAUGCUGUCUGAUGAAGGUCGCGGAGACGUUCACUCAGGGGAUCUUGCAACCAAACUGGAUAGCCUUGACGAUUUCUUCGAAGAGCCGUCCAGUCCUACAACGGAUGACGAUGGCAGGUCUUCCAGAACAAUCACCGAAUAUACCCCAGAGUCCUUCGAACCUGGAGCGGAACUUUACGAUGAACAGAUUCUGCCCAUUCUUCACGAAGCCUCGAACAAUACCUCCUUCCAAAAUGGAUUCUCUGAUCGAUCUCCAGGAUUAUCGAGGGAGGCAAGCUCGAACACUAUGAAUCCAGGCGCCUUCAGUGUGGUAAUUCCUACUGUCAGACCAGGCCUACAUUCCAGAUCCAUCACAUCACCCUCAGCUCCAGCCUCUUAUCAACCACAGAUGGGCGAUAUUGUUUCUGAUGAUGAGUAUAUGGGGGGCUUCUCUGAUGCUGAUGAUGAGAGGCCUGGCACGGGGCAUACCGAAAGCGCCUUUUACUUGGAAAAUAUGAUCAAGCCCGCAACACGAAGACCUCAGUCGAGGAUGAGACGUGGGCCAAGCAGCCGUUCACGAGACGAGAGGAGCAGGGAGAAACCACCGCCUCAACCGGCAUCACGCCUGGCUAAUAGUAUAUUCCCACCAGCUUGGCCGACAACGCUGAUGAGCAAGCGCAAAGCCAAGGCUCCAAAACCCUAUGAAUUGAUAUAUCCUGAUGCUCCGACCAAGGAGCACUCCGAUCUCAACUCCUUCUUAUCAUACGUGGAACGUGUCAGCUUAAACAAAAGAUCUACGGUCUACAGAGGCACCCAUUAUGAGUACACAGUCGCCGACACACUAUCCCAGUAUGGCUUCUUUCUCAAACGCGUUGGCGGGCAGUCAGACCGUGGCAUGGAUCUUCUGGGGAUAUGGACACUCCCCUCCACGACGCGAACUUUCAAAGUGGUUCUCCAAUGCAAAGCGGGUGCUCGGAGUGCAAGCCCAAUGUACGUUCGCGAGCUCAAGGGCGCCAUGGCAGCAGCGCCUCCGGGAUGGCGAGGCAAUGAUGUCCUGGGCCUCCUGGUGGGUGAGAAACCAGCCACAAAGGGUAUGCAGGGCGAGAUGCAUUCUGCGGAUGUGGCGCUAGGCUAUGUGUGCUGUUCUAAGGAGGGAGAUGUUCUGCAACUGCUAUGGAAUAUCAAGGCUCAAGAGAUGGGGCUAGAUGGAGUUACAGUUGGUUUGAAGUAUGGGGAGGAUAAUAACAAGCUUGUGCUGGUGAGGGGAGGUGAAAUGUUGCCUCUGCUGGAGAAGACCAAGACUGAGGAGGAAGACGUGGUGGUUGAUGUGUCUGCCAUUGAGUUUGAAGGUUCACAAAGUUGA